AUGGGAGUUUCUGGACUAUGGCCGUUACUGGAUUCGACCGGUAAACCCGUGGAUUUGUCUAAAUUGGAGGGGAAACGGUUGGCUGUCGGUAAGGAUUACGGUAGCUGCAUAUUGGCUACUGUUUUUCCACAAAAUAUCACUGAUAUUUGAUUUCAGACAUCUCCCUUUGGCUUUGUCAAGCGGAAUCUGGCUAUGCCGCACAUGGAGUUCCAUCGAAGUCCCCUCAUUUGAGUCUUUUACUCCAUCGGAUUUCAAAGCUACUCUAUUAUAAAGUCCGUCCAAUCUUCGUGUUUGAUGGGGAAAUUCCGCCAUUCAAACGACAACUUGUUGUGGGUGAUAGUGUCUCAGAUAUAACAAAGUAAAAGAAUAACAAAUAAUGUUGACGUUUCAGCGAGAGCGAGCCUUAAAACGUCAUCUAGAUGAACUCCAACUGAAUAAACGCCAAAAACUUUUGCUGACAAAACUCGCCCAAUCAAAUCUGGACAAAAGUCAAUCGCCGGAUAAGAAGAGGCUCCUCGAGUCCGAGAUUACCAACAAAUUCACCAAAUCCAAUAAUUCGGAGGACCUGUUUGAACUCCCCAAACCCUCGACCAGCAUUGGGUCUCAAGUAAUCGAGGAGGACGUAAAAGUUGAAGAAGAAGACUCUCAGGAUUAUCUGGCUGGAUAUGAGAAGUUGGUGACGGAGGAUGAAAGGAUCAGCUUUUUACUAGAGGCGAAAGAGAAGGCACGAACCGACAGGCUGAGACUUGAUCAGAUACCAACGGAUUUCGAUGAAUUCUCCAAGUUUCAGUUGGAAAGAUUGGUCAAAAGAAACGCUGUGACUGUGGAAUUGGAGAAAGUAGGUCAAGUUGAUAUAUGAAGAAGAUCUGAAGCUACCUUGGCUUACUUUGCCAUCAAUUUCUAGUAUAAUAUUAAAAUAUAAAUUUUACAGUCAUCAAAAGCAACAUGAAGUCUAAUUAAAAUGUUUUUCAGGUAAAAUGCGAAAAGAUGAAGCAAUUUACUCGAAUUGAAUCCACUGGCAACGAGACAGUCAUCGUCGAUCCGUACUUUGAAGGCCAUGUUCUCAGAAAAGUGGACCCAGAAAAGCCAAUUGUCAAGAAGUCGGAUCCAGAUGAAAAGAAAAGGAAUUGGGACAAGUUUCUGAAGAAGAUGGAAGAGGAAUACGAUGAAGAUGAGAGCGAUUGUGGCACUGGAGGCUUCAAUUACAUGAAAUUGUUGAGAAGAUUUGCGAAGAGGGAGGAAGCAGACAAGUUUGAUGAUGAACAGGACGAGGGGAGUAGUAAAGAAGGGAAGGAUGAACCGAAUGGAGGUCAGGAAGAGAAUGGUAAGAGUAGAGAUUGGGAUCUUGACAUCGGUUUUUGUUUAGCACAAGGUCCGUCUAAACAUCCCUAUGAAGAAAUGGGAAUGGAAACCAUAGAUCCAGGGGAAUUCACACCGGAAGAAGAGAUGGAUCCAGAGGAAUUACAAUACGAAGCCGAAUCCUCAUCCAACUCUUCGGACGAUGAUUUUGUUGACGUUACAGAGGGGUUCAAUCAAGAAGAAAAUGAAGCUGAUGCAAGUCUCGGAGGUGUUAUAAAACGUGUCAGAGAAGCUAAUCCGUCUCAAAAUGUGGUUGUUACCCCAAGGAAAGUUGUAAAUGAUGAUCUAAAGGGACUUGGAGGAGAUUUGAUGACUUUGGAGAAUAGAAUUGAAAAGGGAGUCGAGAAAGAAGACUCCCCAAUGUUUUUGGAAAGAGAUGUGCUGAAAAGAAAGGUCGAGGAUGAAGCCGACUGGAUACCAGAAGACGUCCUGAACAGUGAACUUGGAAUCGAACGCCCGAAUUUAUCCGCAAUGCCCGAAACUGACUCCAGAAUAGAUGAUGGAGUUUUCAAAGACUGCCAGGUAAGAGGAAAGGGGAUUGGUAAUGAUAGUUAAAGAUGUUAUUGAGUUAUCUUGGCCUUCCCUUCAUCGUGGCACCAACAGAAGCCGAAGCGCAGUGUGUUUGUUUGGAAAGAUUGGGACUUUGUGAUGGGAUUGUUACUGAAGACUCGGAUGUCUGGUUGUUUGGAGGCGAAACAGUCUAUCGGAAUAUGUUUGGAAGGAAGAAAGACGCCAUGGAGUUCAGUGCAAGCAAGAUUUUUGAUGAGUUCGGUAAGACUUGUAGUUUUGGAUCUUUCGAAUAUUAUUUUAGGCAUCAGCCGAGCUGAAUUCAUUUCAAUUGGAAUGCUAGCGGGCGGCGAUUACACCAAAGGAUUUGAUGGAGUUGGCGCAGUCACUGCCUUGGAAUUAUGCGCUGAAUUUGAGCCAGAUCCCAAGAAAGAGCAGUUCUUUGAACAAGUAGGACCUUAUUUUACGUAAACCAUUCGUCUUUCAGGGUCUAGAUCGCCUCGAGAAGAUUGGAACUUGGCUAAAAGCUAAAAAGAAGUUCGAAAAAACGAAUCCUGACAAAGUAUUCAAAGAAACAGCCACUAAAAUACGCCUUCGACGGGUAAUCGAGAGCAAAAAUGAAGAGGAUCGGAUAAAUGAGGUAAAGCUCAUGGGUAAUACAAGAAUUGAUUCUGAUUUCAGUUCCCUAAUCUGCAUAUUUACGCAGCGUAUGCCCGACCUGAUGUAGAUUCAAAUCCGGCCAGUUUUAAGUGGAAUCCAAUUGAUUUUGAUUCCCUUCAUUCAUUGGUUUGGGCUAAAAUGGGAUGGAGCGAAAGCGAAUUAAAAAAGCGAACCCAUUCAGCUCUAGAAAUAUGGCAGAAAUUCGUAUCACAACGGAUCCAGCAUUAUCAACUCAGAAUGGACUCGUUUUUGAGGAAAUCUACUGAAAAUCUCUUCAACGAUCGACCUCUAGCUAAUACGAAAAGGGUUCAGAAAGCGCUGGACAGAUUGAGAGGAAGAAGGGGGAAGAGAAAGAGUAAUAACGGGGAAGGUAAGGACGUUUUGAAGGUCUAGAUACGAGAUCUAAGAGGAUAAAAGGCCAUUUUGUUCCUAGAAGUCCCAUAGAUAACAAUAAUAAUAUCUACAUGGCAUUUGUGGGUGUAAAAGUUUUACCGACCUCAUUCUCUGUUUGUGUAAACGGUUACUCGCCAAAUGAUACGACAGUAACUAUUUACGCAGGCAGAAAACGAUAGCAUCAAAUAAAAAAGAAGUUUGGGUAACAAAAGUGAGCAGAAUGGAUUAGACAGUCAUAGAGAGCACAUAAAUAAACGUACAACCCAAUCAGAUGGUAGAGGUACCCGUCCAGUAGAGUUUACAGCUGAACUAACAGUAAAACUCUACAUGGUCACGGGUUAAUCCACCAACGGAGGACUAGUAUAAUAUCGAUACUAAACUAAAGCGAAAAAUUGUGGAUUCUAAUAGAAAGUAGGUGUAAUAGCUGUUAGAAGCACAGUAAAAUCGCUGUUUGCUUGUUAUAUCUCCCGGUGAUUUGCCCCCAACCACAAACACUAGGAGUAUAACAAGCAACAGAAAAGUUACGGAAAAAUAAUAGGAAGCUGAAAAUAAUGUAGCCAGAACAACUCUGGAGGACCGAAAACGGAUGAAAUGAGCUCUUCCGCCAACCCUGCGAUCUUCCCACCUGCGAAAACGGCGAAAAUUGCUUGCGGCAACAAAAAAUCAUCGCAUGUUCGCCGAAAGGGAAAUUGAUGGAGGAAUUCCCAAGGAUCUGGGAAAAUUGAAAGGUUGUGAGCUUUUGAGAGUAAGCCGGGAUGAUAUUGAAGUUUUGCAAAAGUACAUGUAUUAAGAAAAGUUAUACUGUAAUUUGGGAUUUGACGAAAUUAUACAAAAUACGCAAUACUAGAAGUCAAACAUAAUGACAGAUGGUGAGACCUCUCGGCAGACCAGAUUUAUAGCUUCUGAUCCACUUUAUUAGGUGACUCAAACGGUAUGUUGAGAUGACUUAUUCAGCUCUUUGGCUAGCCGUGUAAGAGACCCUGUGGGUGAGCCGUUUGGACAUGGAUAAGUAUAAUAGAUUAGAAGUAGAAGAUUAGGUCCUCCCGGAAAGGGAUCCCAUGCCGAAUUGUGAUAAACAAAAGUAUCCUUUCAGAAUCCAGUGAUUCCGAUGACCCAAAUCGUCUUCAAACCCUUAUCGAUCGAGCCAAGAAGUCCAAGAGCAGUAAGAAACAACCUCAUUUCACAUCUACCGUAAUGAAGAAUCUGGAAUCGAUGAAGAAACCAGAAGUGGUCGACGAUUUCUACGAUGACUCGAUUUUGGAUGGAUUUGAAUUCCCGAAGGUCACAGAUGCCCCAGGCGCUUCGAAGGGAUCAAAAUCAUCGAGUAACGUGGAAAAGAAAGACGUCAGAAGAUCAGGGAGAAAGAAGACACUACCCGUGUAUGAAGGGCCAAACCUCAGUGAAGAAAGUGAAAGCGAAUGA